AUGUCCGGAGGAGGUGGUAAAGACAGAAUCGCGGUUUUCCCGUCGAGAAUGUGAGUUUUAGAGCGAUUUUGGCAGAGUUUACCAACUUAAUAGAAGUUCCGUAAAAUUAAAGUUCGAGAGUACUGGAAAACGGAAUGAGCAAGCGAACAAGCAUUUCAGGGCGCAAACCUUGAUGAAAACCCGUCUGAAGGGAGCUCAGAAGGGUCACUCUCUGCUCAAGAAGAAGGCCGACGCUUUGAAUCUCCGUUUCCGUGACAUUCUCAAGAAGAUCGUCGAGGUUAGGAUUACAGAGAGGAAAACAGGACAAAGAAAAACGUUUAAAGAACAAAGUGCUGAUGGGAGAAGUGAUGAAGGAGGCCGCUUUUUCGCUGGCUGAGGCCAAGUUCACUGCCGGAGACUUUUCGCACACUGUCAUCCAGAAUGUCUCGCACGCUCAGUACCGCGUUCGUCAGAAGAGAGAAAACGUUGUCGGUAAGUUGUCCAUCUUUAUAUUUUUGGCAUAACUGAAGCUUGUUUCAGGAGUCAUGCUCCCCGUGUUCGAGGCUUACCAAGACGGACCGGAUUCCUACGAUUUGACUGGUCUCGGAAAGGGAGGUGCCAACAUUACUCGUCUGAAGAAGAACUACAACCGAGCAAUUGAGCUGCUCGUCGAGCUGGCCACUCUCCAGACCUGCUUCAUCACUUUAGAUGAAGCGAUCAAGGUGACGAAUAGACGUGUGAAUGCCAUCGAGCACGUCAUCAUUCCGCGUAUCGAGAACACUCUGACAUACAUUGUUACCGAAUUGGACGAAAUGGAAAGAGAGGAGUUCUUCCGAAUGAAGAAGAUUCAGGCCAACAAGAAGAAGCUGAAGGAGCAAGAGGCCGCCCUGAGAGCUGUAAGUUUAUCGAAAUUAAAAUGCUGUCCUGAUAUUCUUGGUUCAGCUGGAAGCGCCACCGCCGAGCGAAGAGUCUCAUUCGGAGAACGAUCCGCCCCGGAACCUGCUCGCUUCCGAAGAAGAUAACCUGCCAGUUCUGUUUAACUAA